CUGUUAACACUAGUGAGCAACACUGAUGUCACAUGAUCACAUUUUGUGCAUGUUUUACAUUAAGCAAGUAAAAUCGAGUUUUAAUGUCUGUUGUAAAAAACUGUUCAACUGAAUCAAAUAACGAGUAAAAAAAACUGAAACCAAACGUGAAUGGUGCAGAAUGUGCACACACACUCAAAACAACAUGAUUAUCUACACUGUGGUUUUUAGCAUUCAAAGCGAAUAAUAAUACAGUGCUUGUGCGUGUCGACAUCCCGAUGAAGGGGUUUUCCUGUGAAAAGCCUUUUUUCAGAGCAGCAUUUCUAGCUGAGUCAUAUCAGAGACAGGGAGAGGCAAUCGACUGCUGCAGAAAAUACGAUGCAAAAGAGGACGAGGGACAGAACAAUGUGCCAGAGUCCUUGGAAAGAGUGAUGGUGUGAAUGAAAGGAGAGGGAGAGACAGAGUGUGUGUUUCAUGAGGGGCGGGGUUUGCUGCUGGUGGGCGGGGUUUAGCGAUCAGAGCAGUGUGUUCACCAUCAGUCAGCUCUGAGCAGGAUGAGAACAGCUUUUGCUGCUACCUCCCUUCUCGUCUCUUCACCUCUCAGGACCACCUCACGUGAAAGACGCUUUGAAGCCUCUUUAUCUGCAUCGAGUUGAAGACCAGACUUAAGGAUUGUGCUUGUGCUUUGGAGUUUACAGUCUGCUGUUGCUUUUGACACGGAUUCUACAGGUGUGUGUGAGCGUUUGACUCUUCAAGAAUCAUCUACAGGUGUGUGAACCUGCCUCAGGGGAUCUAAACAGGUGUGAAAGUUUUGGGACUAGCUUGACGAUGACCACCAUGCAGAGGUUGCUCCAGCUGCCGGCGAAUGCUGUGAACAUGGUGAAGAGCGUGCAGGGAGGCUCUCAGGGCCAGGAGGAGGCUCUCAGCCCGGUGCUGACACCCGACAGUGGCCCGCAGAACUGGUAUAACGCCGUCCAGCCAGAGGAACUCCGACACCUGAGAUCUGGGGGUACGGGCGGCGGGGGGGAGGGGUCAGAGGAUCGACCCGGGCUGGAGGAGGGGCUUACCAGCCUUCAGUCACAACCUUUACGACACGAUGACCUGAAGGAGAUGCUGGACAGUAAUAAAGACUCCUUGAAGCUGGAGGCCAUGAAGCGCAUCGUAGCUAUGAUCGCCCGGGGGAAGAACGCCUCAGAUCUCUUCCCUGCCGUGGUGAAGAACGUGGCCUGUAAGAACAUCGAGGUGAAGAAGCUGGUGUAUGUGUAUCUCGUCCGCUACGCUGAAGAACAGCAGGAUCUCGCUCUGUUGUCCAUUUCCACCUUCCAGAGAGGACUGAAGGACCCCAACCAGCUGAUCCGUGCGAGCGCCCUGCGUGUGCUGUCCAGCAUCAGAGUGACCAUCAUCGUGCCCAUCAUGAUGUUAGCCAUCAAAGAGGCGGCGUCUGACAUGUCUCCAUACGUCCGCAAGACCGCAGCUCAUGCCAUACCCAAACUACACAGUCUGGAUCCAGAUCAGAAAGAUCAGUUGAUUGAAGUCAUCGAGAAGCUGCUGGCUGAUAAAACCACACUGGUAGCAGGCAGUGUGGUGAUGGCGUUUGAGGAAGUGUGUCCGGACCGCAUCGAUCUGAUCCAUAAGAACUACCGUAAGUUGUGUAACCUGUUGAUUGACGUGGAGGAGUGGGGUCAGGUGGUCAUCAUCAACAUGCUCACACGCUACGCCAGGACGCAGUUCCUCAACCCCAACAUCAACGAAUCUCUGCUGGAGGAGAACAGCGAGAAGGCCUUCUAUGCCUCUGAUGAUGAGGAAGAGGAAGAUAAGAAAGACGAGGUGGCCCCUCUAGCGAAGAGGAAGCCGUACGUGAUGGACCCCGAUCACAGACUCCUACUGAGGAACACCAAACCCCUGCUACAGAGCCGCAACGCUGCUGUGGUGAUGGCAGUAGCUCAACUGUACUUCCAUUUGGCUCCUAAAGCAGAGGUGGGCAUCAUCGCUAAGGCUUUGGUCAGGUUAAUGCGCAGCCACAGUGAAGUGCAGUAUGUCGUGCUUCAAAACGUGGCCACGAUGUCCAUCAAGAGACGAGGAAUGUUUGAGCCGUAUCUGAAGAGUUUUUACAUUCGCUCUACGGACCCAACGCAGAUCAAAAUCCUCAAGCUGGAGGUUUUGACGAAUUUGGCUAAUGAGACGAACAUCUCCACCAUCCUGAGAGAAUUUCAGACGUAUAUUAAGAGCAUGGAUAAGGAUUUUGUGGCGGCCAGCAUUCAGGCCAUUGGUCGCUGUGCUACGAACAUCGGCGAGGUCAGAGACACCUGUCUGAAUGGACUCGUACAGCUGCUGUCUAAUAGAGACGAGUUGGUUGUGGCUGAAUCAGUGGUGGUGAUCAAAAAGCUUCUGCAGAUGCAGCCCGAACAGCAUAGCGACAUCAUCAAACACAUGGCCAAACUCAUUGACAACAUCCAGGUGCCCAUGGCCCGAGCGAGCAUCCUGUGGCUGAUCGGAGAAUACUGCGAACAUGUCCCCAAAAUCGCCCCCGACGUCCUGAGAAACAUGGCCAAGACCUUCACGAACGAGGAAGAUAUUGUCAAGCUGCAGAUUAUCAAUCUGGCUGCCAAACUGUACCUUACUAACUCAAAACAGACUAAACUGUUGACACAAUAUGUACUGAACCUAGCGAAAUAUGAUCAAAACUAUGACAUCAGAGAUCGUGCCCGCUUUAUACGCCAACUCAUUGUGCCCACUGAUAAGAGCGGUGCUCUUAGCAAAUACGCAAAGAAGCUUUUCCUUGCACUCAAGCCUGCCCCUGUCCUGGAGUCUACAUUUAAAGACAGAGAUCACUUCCAGCUGGGGUCACUGUCUCAUCUGCUGAACGCUAAAGCCGGCGGAUACCAGGAGCUGCCUGACUGGCCCGAAUCGGCGCCUGACCCAUCCGUGCGCAACGUGGAGGUUAUUAGGCUGCUCGAAAGAGUCACCACUUUAACCAGCAUUCCAGACUGGAGCAAAUGCACAAGCCGGAAGGAUCGUAAGGAGAAGAAAGCAGAGAAACCAUUCUACUCCGACUCAGACGGAGAAUCUGGUCCAACCGAAUCAGCAGAUAGCGAAUCAGAUUCAGGCAGCGGUUCAGAAAGUGCUAGCGCCAGUGAUGAAAGCGGCUCUGGUUCAGAGAGUGGAGAAGAGACUGAGUCUGAAGAGGAAGAGGAAGAUGAGGAGGAGGAAAAGAAAAAGAAAAGAAAGAAGCAUCUGGACAAAACCAAAGCCAAGAAACCAGUAGAGGAGAGCACAGAGAGCGAGCAGAGCAGUGGCUCCGAGGAGAGAAAACGAGGCAGGAAGGCUGUGAAGAAUCAGAAAAGUGCCUCAGAAUCAGAGAGCGAAUCAGAAAGCAGCGAAUCAGGGGACGAGUCGGAGGAUGAGUCAGAGGAGGAGUCUGAGUCCGACACUGACAUCAGGAAGAAGAAGACGCCUGUAUCAAAACAACCUCCCAAACAAUCCAAAAAAGAGAGCAAGAAGGAGACGCAGGAAAUGUCUUUGCUGGAUCUGGAUGACUUUGAACCAGCUCCAGCAUCGGCUCCAGUGACUCCGGUUAACUUCAUGUCCAGUAGUCUGGUGUCUGAUCUGGAGGGUUUGUCACUGACUGACACUAUUCUAGCACCUACAACAAUCACUCCUUCUGGUUCGAUAAAGAUGUAUGAGCUCCUACAUCGUAUAACAGGUGAGGGUCUUGCGGUUGAGUAUUGCUUCAGCCGGCAGCCCUUCAGUCCAGACCCUAACAUGGUGGCCGUCCAGAUCCAGUUUACCAACAACACCAACUCUGAGACCAAAAACCUGCAUAUCGAGGAGCCCAGGCUGCAGUGUGGGAUGAGGAUCCGUGAGUUCGCUGAGAUAGACGUGUUAUCAGCAGGUGAAUCGGUUACUGUAGUGAUGGGCAUAGAUUUCUGUGAUUCUACACAAGCAGCAAACUUUCAGCUGUGUACUCACACCCGCAAAUUCUUCGCUUCCAUCCAGCCGCCUGUCGGGGAGCUAAUGACACCAGUAUUUCUGACAGAAAACGACUUCAAGAAGGAGCAAGGUAAACUGAUGGGAAUGAAUGAAAUCUCAGAGAAGUUGACACUGGGAGAGAAAUGCGUGAACGAACAUGUCAUCGUUGAGAGAGUCACAGCCACCGCCAACUUGAGCAGAGUACCAUGCGGUUCAGAUAAAGAGUGCAGUACUCCUCCUCCUCCUCCUGCUCCUGUUUACAGAUUCGCAGGUAAAACAGUGAGCAGCGGUUGUCUCGUGCUGGUCACCGUCUCUACGAAGGAAGGCGGCAGAGCUCAGCUGACGGUGAACUGCGAGAAGAUGUUGAUCGGCACAAUGCUGGUUAAAGAUAUCAUGCAGGCCCUGUCGCAGUGAUAGCGCCCCCUACAGUCAACACCCUCCUACUGCUGCUUACCGCAUUGAGUCGCAUCUCUGUGUAGAUAUUUUCCCAAUGUGGACUGGCUUGUAGCAACAAAAAAAUACUUUGAACUGACAUUAGAACAGCAACAGUAACAUACACAGCCCCUAAUCAGGAUGUUCCUUUUAUUUUCCUCUGUUGAAUGUUGCAUGACAUCAAAGACAGUUAGUAAAGACACCAUAAAUUCUCCCCAAUUAAUGCACAAACCUAUGUCAAUUUCAAUUUAGAAGCUCUGUAGGAUGAACAGUACAUGGAUGAAAGUUUUUGGAUACCAGCUUGUAUCCAUCUGCUCAGUGAAACAAGUUUAAUAAUCAUCUGAGUGAUUCAUCAGUAGAAACCCUGCGUGGUUUAUUUUUAGUGUUUAUCUUUCACAUUUCCUGAAUGUAAUGUCUUACAUCUGAUGCCAGACCGCAUCCCAAACGACAACAGCAGAUUUUUUUCCAGAAACCACUUCAAAACUGGUUUUGAAAACAUGAACUUUGUUCAGCUCUCUAAAACAUGUGCAUUUUGGUUUCAUGUUGGUUUUAGCUAAAUCAAAAGCUCAGAAACACAUCAGUAUGAAUUCAUCGGUCUUCAACAUCUCUUUCCACUAUAAUGUAUGUCUUAUCUGUAUUUGCGAAUGUGUAACUGCUGAAUUUAGGACUAUAGACUGGUAUAUCACUCAACAUCCAUCAGCUUUUUGUUCUCUUGAAGCUCUCGGAAGAAUACAGUAUCUCACAAUCCGGUUAUUUUAGGUAUUUUAAUGCAGUCUGGAGCCGUUUAUCCUGGUGAAGACACUGUUAGUAGUUAGUUUUAGACCUUUUAUAGUUAUGAUGAUGUGCUUGAUGGCAUAAACCGGAUCUUCCUUUCCCGGAAAUCCAGCUUUACUGACUCAUCUCUGUGUGACUGUGGGAAAUCAUUUGUUGUUUGAAUAUUAUAUCUCUAUUUAUUAUAAAGAGUUUUAGAUGUCAAUAAAAGAGAACGCACACUCAAA